UAUUCUAAUCUCAGAUUUUUAUUGUCUUCGGAUUGCCGCGAAUCGUAAUAUUAUUAUUAUUGUGCGUGCACGCGUGCGUGCGUGUGUGUAGUGUGUACGUACCUACAAGUUAUUAUUAUUGAUAUUUUGUAAACGUCUCAAGAACAAUACAUAUCGUGCCCGAUUAUCAACAUCAACGUUAAAAUAUCGUAAAUCCAAAAUUAUAAACACAAAGAUGUAAUUAUUUGUAUUCUAAUUAUCGAUUACCGUUUCAAGUUUUCGGUUCGUUGAUUACGGUAUUUUAUUUUUAUAAAUUAUUUCAUAGUUGUUAUUAUUAAUUUAAGCGCGGUAAUUUGUAUUAUUCGGUGAUUCGAUUGUCAAUAGUCUAAAAAUAGCGUAUUGGUACGGUUUACUCUUCCGACUUCCACCCGGCACCCAUCAGUCGCACAGUGAACAGUGGUCAUUUACUACACUACACUACAUUCAUUACAACAUUUACAACGCAAUACGCAUUGAUGGCGUCGUCGUCUGCCGUAGCGAUCGUCUACGAUUUUUGUCACGAACGACCACGGAUGUGCUGACGUCUGACAACCGUACAUCCCUUGCCAGACGCCAGUGAAAACUAUUUAGUAAUAUCGACAACUCGGAAACCCACAUUACCACACGACUUACCUACCUACUGUAAGCUUUACGGUUUCAAUAAUUAUUUGUAACGCUUUCGGCCGAAAAAUCGACCAUUUUACCUCGUCGAUAGUGUUGUUAUUGCGAUAUUUCCGUUGUUGUGAGUUGAGAUUUAAACUUUUCGCUCUUACAAUAUUUUCACGUUGAACACUGAACUCGCUUUCCGACAACUAUGGAAACCGUUCGCGAAGGAGCCCUUAAACGGACGUUGGAUGAAGCCGACGACGGCGACGGUGUGAAAAAACUGAAAACCGACACUGAUCAGUCGUUGCCAAUGGUAGAAAACAUUAAAAAUAUAGAUGACCCGAAAAAGUGGAAUUUGCUACCUUCAAUUGUCUACGAUUUGCUCGCGCUAUUGAAGAAAACAGAAAAAUUCAAUUCUGAUGAAGACAAACAAGUACCGGAUGAACUUGAUAAUGAUUUUAUAGAAGAUUCUAAAGUUUUAUCAAAUCAAAAUUGUCAAGAAGAACUUUUAAACAAUUCUUUCAAACAUAAUAAUUUGAAAGAAGCUGAUAGAUGCGAUAAAAUUAGUAUCGAGGAAUCCAAUUUAAAAGUUCAAAAUAUUACAAAAGUUUCCAUCCAAAAUCUCAAUAAAUUAGAUUUCUCAUCAAAAUGUGUAACAGAAAAUGUUCCAGAAAAAGUACCAUUAAUUACAAAAGCUUCACCAGUUCAACUGUUUGCAGAGAAUACUGAUGUUCACAAGUUUGAACAAAUUAAACACGAAUCAAAUAGAAAAACUAAUGUUAUCAAUAAGCAACUUACAACUGAAUGCGAUGUUUAUGAUUUAUCUAUGUCUACAAAAAAUAUUCAUUGCACAGAUCCAUCCACAAAUGAUAUUUCUAAAGCAAUUAUCUCUACAGAAAGUGUUUCUAAUGCAGCUACAUCUGCAAAUUGUAUUUAUAAUACUCUCCCUCUUACUUCUGAAAUUGGUAUUUCUAAUACUUUUUUGCAUACAUCUACUAAAAGUAUUUCUAAUACCCCUAUUCUUACAUCUAAAAUUAAUAUUCCUAAUAGCUCUUCACUUAUUUCUACAAAUAGUAUUUCUAAUUCAACCACGGUUUCAUCUACAAAUAACAAUACAAUAAUUGUAUCUGAGAAUAGUGCUCAUCAAGUUAUUUCUAAAACAAAAAAUAUUUUUAGAGAGCAAAUGUUUGAGCUUUUAAGAAUAAAUUGUUUUGAAAGUAUUUCAAAAAUACCUUUAGCUAAACCAUCUCCUUGCUAUUGUAAGCAUUGCAUAAAUGUGACUAGCUUACCGAUAAAACAAUCGACAGUUUAUAAUUUUUUAUUCGAAUCAAGUAAUGAUUUAAAUGACAAUAACUCAUAUCAUGAUGUGGGGUCAUCAAAUGUACCAGAUGUUGAUCAUUUUAUUUCUGGUACAAAUGACUGUUAUUUUAACCAAUCAAAUAAACCAAAUAAAUAUCAAAAAACACUAAUUAAUGUAGAUCCUCCAAAAAAUAGUUGGGUAAGUGAGUUAACUUCUUUGAUUAUUAAAAAUGAUUCCAAAAAAUAUGAAACUAAUAAAAUUAAUGCUACAAAAAAAUCAAACCCCAUAAAAAGUGUUAUUAAUAAAGUACAAAAAGCCACUCAACAUAUUAAGUCACAUCUUUCAUUUUGUAACAAAUGUAAAAGAUCAAAAUUGACUAAAUCUGAUAUUUGUAAAUGUACUGCAUCUAAAAGCAAACCUUAUAAGUUUAAGAAAUAAUAUAUUUAUCAAAUUAUAAAUCUAUAA